AUGUUACGAACAGAUCCAGUAAGUUUUUCUGUUGUUUAUAUUCCUGAAGUUCAUCAAGUUCAGUCAGUUGUUCAUGAUGAAACAGUUUAUCGUUGGGAUGAUCAAAAUUGGAUGAGACAACGUGCUCAAACCGAUCCUUUACGAUCUCCAUUAUCCAUUUAUGAAAUUCAACCAAAAUCUUGGAAAAGUGGUACUUACGAAACAUUAAAUUUCCGUCAAAUUGCUUCUGAAUUGGUUACAUAUUGUCAUCAAAUGGGAUUUACACAUGUUGAAAUGUAUGGAAUACUUGAUCAUGGCAAUAAAAAAGAGCGUGGUUAUCAAGUAGCAAAUUUUUUCGCUCCUUAUCGUGAGAGUGGUACAUGUGAUGAUUUAAAAUAUUUGAUAGAUAUUUUACAUCAAAAUAGUAUCGGUGUAAUUCUUGAUUGGAUUCCAACACAUUUUCAUCAUUAUCAUCAAUCUCAUCAAUACUCGAUUUCUUUACAUGAAUAUGAUGGAACAAAUUUGCAUGCUAGUGGUUCAUCACGAUGGGGAACAUUGUAUUUUGACUUUGACAAAGAAGAAACACGUCGAUUAUUAUUUGCUAGUGCUCUUUAUUAUCUUGAUCGACUUCAUAUAGAUGGAAUUCGUUUUGAUGCUGUCAGUCAGAUGAUUCGACGUAAUCAAACUGAUAUACCAGGUGCUAUUUCAUUUUUAAGAAAACUCAAUCAAACAAUUCAUAAAUAUUAUCCUGGUGUUUUAUGUAUUGCAGAAGAAACUGAAGGCUAUCCAAAUCUUACUAAAACUAUGAAUUUCGAUAUGAGAUGGAAUAUUGGUUGGAGUUAUGAUGCAAGAAAUCUUCUUCGCACACCUUAUGCUGAAAGACCUCAACAUUGGAAACGAAAAGUAAUUGAUAUGUUGCAUUGGGCUCGAUGUGGAAAUGAUAAAAUGAUUCUUACAUUGACCCAUGAUGAUACAGAUACAGGAGAACAUAAUAAUAAUACUGUUUUGUUGAGCUGCGUUUCACAUGCUCGAAAUGAUAGAGAUAAAUUUUCUGAUCUAAGAAAUUUUUUUGCAUGGCAAACAUUUGCACCCAGUCGUGGUCAUAUGAUUCACAUGGGAGAUGAAGUUGCUCAACCACUGUCUUGGUAUCAAAGAUUUCGAAGAAAUCUAUCAAGUAUGGACUGGUCAUUGGAUAAUUCUUCAUCAUUACAUGGUCAAAUUCAAGAAUGUAUUCGUGAUCUGAAUCAUCUUUAUAUAGGUUAUCCACAAUUUUGGCAAAAUGGAGAACAAGAUUUUUCAAUGAUUUAUGAAUAUGGUCAAAAUUUAGUAGUAGCUUAUCAUCGAGGUAUUCAUAAUAAUAGACGAAUAGCUGUCAUCCAUAACUUUUCGCAUCGAGGAUACAAAACGUACGAUAUACCGUUGCCAGGAUCAGAUCCUAAUGUGGCGCGUAUUCGAAGUGCAGAUGAAAUUUUUAACACAGAUCUUUCAAAAUAUGGUGGCUCGGGUUCGUUUCAAAAUCAACAGAUUAAAAUUAUACAUAACAAUGACCGAACUAUCCUAUUUAGACUUUCCAUUCCUUCUCUUGCAACUAUUGUUUUAGAAGAACAUUUAGCUUAA